AUGGAACCACGAAAAAGUGAUGCUCCCCAACUUCGAGACGAAUAUAGAACAUAUAAAAUUUUGGCUGGCUCACUACAAACUAUUCACGAGAAGAACCUCAUUUACCGUGAUAUCAAACCAGAUAACUUUUUGAUUGGUCGUCCGGGGACAAAAUCUGCCAACGUAAUUCAUGUUGUUGAUUUUGGCAUGGCUAAACAAUAUCGCGACCCAAAAACAAGACAACAUAUUCCAUAUCGAGAAAGAAAAAGUUUAAAGCAAUCACGACGUGACGAUUUAGAAGCUCUUGGUCAUGUUUUUAUGUAUUUUUUAAGAGGUGGUCUACCAUGGCAAGGACUUAAAGCUGCCACAAAUAAACAAAAAUAUGAAAAAAUUGGAGAAAAAAAGCAAUCAACGCCAAUCAAAGAAUUAUGUGAAGAGGAAUUUGGGAUUUAUCUUAAUUAUGUCCGUAAGCUUAAUUUCGAAGAAAAUCCAGAUUAUGAUUUUCUGAGAGAACUUUUCACUAAAGUUUUAAAGAAUACUAAUGAGGUAGAAGAUGGUGUUUAUGAUUGGAUGCUAUUAAAUGGUGGCAAAGGGUGGGAAGCAGGUUCGCGGAAAGAUGACGGCACACUUAAUCCUGAAACUAACACCCGCGUAACACUUCAUGGUACCUCCUCCCAGCCAUAUAGCACGAACGCUGGUAUUCAUCAAUCGGCUCACCUUCAUGUUCAUCACGGAUCAUCGGACCCACGCCUUCAUCGUUCAUCACUUAAUCGUGGUCCAUCAAUGAACCGUAGCCAACAACAAACACCUUCUUCACCUGCUUUAGUUCAUGCUAAUUCUAAGGCACCACGAGGGACUGGAAAAACGCACAACAAACACAACAGUGCGAUUUUGAAUCCUGGAGUCGAAGAUUUGAAUAAUCCGUACUCCGGUCGUGCUGGUAUGAACGGAGGAAACGGUGGCACUGCUAAUGGUAUCCAAGGAAAUAAUGGUGCUGAUUCAAACUCUCACCGAAGGCGAGGAAUUUGGCAAAAGUUCAUCGGCGCUAAGCCUGAAGAGGCAGAUCUUAAAAAAUUAAGCGCAAUUUUGGAUUUACCACAGCAAUACCUUACAAAUGAUCUUGGAACUCAAACUUUUUUCCCUAUACGUGGAGG